AUGUGCUUUCGUGGCCUCAGCGCAGCAUCGGAGGACGUCGACAUUGUGGUCCUCUCGCUGUCUCAGGUCCUCCCGCCGCCAUCAGCUUCGCCGUUGCCGGCGGAGGUGAGCUCUCGUGCACCGUGCUUCCAGGCCGCAAGUCGGCCGGGACGUUCAUUGCCUGCAGAUCAUGGCGACGAGUUCUUCUACAAGAACUUCAUCGACACGUCCUCAGACGACGAGUCCGACGACGACUUUCUCACGGAGGCUGCGUUGCUCAUCCACGAGCAUAAUGUCGAGCAGAUCCUCAUGUACCGGGAUGAGUACGUCUGGAUGAGCGAGUCCAAGUGCUUGGAAGCGAUGUACGGGGGUCUGCAUAUAGUGAUCGCUCUUUUUGGUGAAAAAUAUCUGCGCCAACCUACUGCAGAGGACACAGCCCGUCUGAUGUCAAUCAACGCUUCCAGGAUUCCUGGGAUGCUUGGCAGCAUACAUUGCAUGCAUUGGGAGUGGAAGAAGUGCCCUUUUGGUUGGCAGGGGUCGUACAAGGGCCAUUAUAUGGAUUUAGCACUCAUUUUUCGGAAUAGCUGGCUCGCACGAGGUCAGUCCCCUGGCCACCACUACGACAAGGGGUACUACCUUACCGAUGGUAUCUAUCCACCUUGGGCUACGCUCGUGAAGACAAUUCGUCGUUCCAAUUCAGAGUAG